UCAGUGGCGGAGGGAGCGCGGCAGCAGUAUGAGACAUUCAGCUUCCGCUGCUGCUGCGAGCGCCGGAGCGGAGACACCCUGCUGCUUCCCGCAGCGCCGCCGGUACAUGGCUAAAGGCCGCGCAGCGCCGCCGCCGCCUCACACCGCACGCUGAACAGAAUGUCCCAGAAAUCCUGGAUAGAGAGCACUUUCACCAAGAGGGAAUGUGUCUACAUACUGCCAGUGUCCAAGGACCCGCACAGAUGCUUUCCAGGAUGUCAGAUCUGCCAGCAGCUUGUCAGGUGCUGCUGUGGCCGGCUGGUCCGGCAACAUGCUGGAUUCACAGCGAGUCUGGCGAUGAAGUACUCGGAUGUGAAUCUGGGUGAGGGGGCGAGGUCGGGGGCAGAGCAAGAGGAAUGGAGUGUGGAGAAGCACACGGAGCAAAGUCCCACUGAUGCCUAUGGCAUCAUCAACUUCCAGGGAGGAUCACAUUCCUACAGAGCCAAGUAUGUGCGUCUCUCCUACGACUCCCGGCCCGAGGCGAUCCUCAGGUUGAUGUUGAAGGAGUGGCAGAUGGAGCUCCCGAAGAUCCUCAUCUCUGUGCACGGAGGGAUUCAGAACUUUGAACUUCAUCCUCGCAUUAAACAGGUGGUGGGGAAGGGGCUCAUCAAGGCAGCCGUCACCACAGGGGCCUGGAUCCUCACCGGGGGGGUCAACACAGGUGUGGCGAAGCAUGUGGGUGAUGCGCUGAAGGAGCACUCGUCCCGCUCUGCUCGGAAGAUUUGCACCAUCGGCAUCGCGCCAUGGGGGGUGAUCGAGAACUGUAAUGACCUCAUUGGGAGAGAUGUGGUAGCCCCCUAUCAGACCCUCCUGAACCCCCUCAGUAAGCUGAAUGUGUUAAAUAACCUGCACUCUCACUUCAUUCUGGUGGACGACGGGACGGUGGGCAAGUACGGCGCUGAGGUCAACCUGCGGAGGGAGCUAGAGAAACACAUCAACCUGCAGAGGAUACAUGCCCGUAUCGGGCAGGGUGUGCCAGUCGUAGCUCUGAUCUUUGAAGGUGGGCCGAAUGUGAUCCUGACUGUGUUGGAGUAUCUGCAGGAGAACCCACCUGUCCCUGUCGUGGUGUGUGAAGGAACCGGGCGUGCGGCAGACAUUCUGUCUUUUGUCCAUAAGCAAACCGAGGAUGAUGGUUGUCUUCCAGACGGUGUUGAGCUCGACAUCAUUGCGACAAUCAAAAAAACCUUUAACUUCAGUCAGAAUGAUGCUGUGCAUCUCUUCCAGACGCUCAUGGAGUGUAUGAAAAACAAAGAGCUGAUAACUGUGUUUCAUGUUGGCUCAGAGGAACAUCAGGACAUUGAUGUGGCCAUCCUGAAGGCUCUGCUUAAAGGCACUGAUGCAUCUGCCUUUGAUCAACUCGUAUUGACACUGGCGUGGGACCGAGUGGACAUCGCAAAAGAUCACGUGUUUGUUUACGGGCAAAAGUUACUAGUAGAUUCCUUGGAACAGGCCAUGCUGGACGCAUUGGUGAUGGACCGUGUAGAUUUUGUGAAGCUGCUAAUUGAAAAUGGUGUAAGCAUGCACCGGUUCCUCACCAUCUCACGCCUGGAGGAACUUUACAACACGAAGCAGUUACCAGCGAACCCGACGUUACUGCAGCUCGUCAGAGACGUCAAACAGGGGAAUCUCCCUCCGAACUACAAGAUCACUCUGAUCGAUGUGGGUUUGGUGAUUGAGCACCUGAUGGGCGGGACAUACCGCUGUAACUACACACGCAAGCGCUUCAGGAUCAUCUACAACAACCUGCACGGCAACGUCCGGCGAUCGGGCCGCGCUGCACCUGGCGCGCCUCCUCUGCGGAAAAGUCACGAGGCUUUCAGUAUUCAGGCUGAAAAGAAGGAGAAAACACGGCACAACCACUUCAUUAAGACCGCUCAGCCUUACAAACCAAAGCUGGAUUCGAGUGCUGAUGUGCAGCACAGGCGUAGUAAGGAAGACGUGGUGGAUAUCGAUGACCCUGAGACUCGGCGCUUUCCGUACCCGUUUAAUGAGCUGCUGGUGUGGGCCGUUCUGAUGAAGAGGCAAAAGAUGGCGCUGUUCUUCUGGCAGCACGGGGAGGAGAACAUGGCCAAGGCGCUCGUCGCCUGCAAGCUCAGCCGCUCCAUGAGCUACGAGGCCAAAAAAAGUGAUGUGGUGGACGACAUGUCCGAGGAGCUCAAAGAGUACUCCAAUGAGUUUGGCCAGCUGGCGGUGGACCUGUUGGAGCAGUCCUUCCGGCAGGAUGAGAUGAUGGCGAUGAAGUUGCUGACCUAUGAGCUAAAGAACUGGAGUAAUUCGACGUGUCUGAAGCUGGCCGUAUCGUCACGCCUGCGCCCGUUUGUCGCUCACACGUGCACGCAGAUGUUGCUGUCUGACAUGUGGAUGGGUCGCCUCAACAUGCGCAAGAACUCCUGGUACAAGGUGAUCCUGAGCAUCCUGGUGUUCCCUGCCAUCCUGAUGUUGGAGUAUAAGAGUAAAGCGGAAAUGGCCCACAUCCCUCAGUGUCAGGACGCUCACCAGAUGACCAUGGAGGACAGUGAACACAACCUGCAGAACCCCGACGGCAUCCAGAUGGAUGUAUUUAAGGACUCUCGCAUGAACGAGCACGCGGAAAUGAAGAGUGAGGCAGAGGUUCUCGUGCGCUCACGUCGGUUGCCCAUCACACGCAAGUUCUACGCUUUCUACCACGCCCCCAUCGUCAAGUUCUGGACCAACACGCUGUUCUAUCUGGCCUUCCUGAUGCUCUACUCGUACGUGGUGUUGGUGAAACUGCCGAGCUUUCCGUCGCUGCAGGAGUGGGCCGUCAUCCUGUACGUCUUCACCUCUGCUAUUGAGAAAAUACGUGAGAUGUUCAUGUCUGAAGGAGGAAAGAUCAGUCAGAAAAUCAAAGUGUGGUUCAGCGAUUACUUUAACACUUCUGACUUCAUCGCCAUCGUGAUGUUUGUGGUGGGCUUCGGCCUGCGCCUCGGCUCUGACGACGUCUUUGUCAUCGGGAGGAUCGUUUACUGCCUUAACAUCAUCUUCUGGUACGUCCGGCUCCUCGACAUCCUCGCCGUCAACCAGCAGGCUGGACCUUAUGUCAUGAUGAUUGGCAAGAUGGUAGCGAACAUGUUCUACAUCGUCGUGAUCAUGCUGGUGGUGUUGGUGACGUACGGUGUUCCCCGUAAAGCCAUCCUCUACCCCAACUCUGAGCCUCACUGGUCCCUCAUCGUCGAUGUGGUCUUCCAGCCUUACUGGAUGAUGUAUGGGGAGGUCUACGCCUACGAGAUUGAUGUGUGUGCUAACAACAGCAACACCGAAGACUACAUCAAGGACCUGUGUAGGCCGGGGGUGUGGCUAACUCCAGCGCUGCAAGCGGUUUAUCUGUUCAUACAGUACAUCCUGAUGGUCAACCUGCUCAUCGCCUUCUUCAAUAACGUGUACCUGCAGGUGAUGUCCAUGUCUAACCUGGUGUGGAAAUAUCAGCGUUACCACUUCAUCAUGGCGUAUCAUGAUAAACCCGUUCUCCCUCCACCACUAAUCAUCUUCUGCCACAUCGUCUCGCUUAUCCGCUUCCUCUGCAAAAGCAGGAAAAAGGACAGCAGUGCUUAUGGACCAAAGCUCUUCCUGACUGAAGAGGACCAGAAAAAGUUGCACGAUUUCGAGGAGCAGUGUGUGGAGACGUAUUUCCAUGAGAAAGAUGAGAAGUUUCACUCUGGGAGUGAAGAGAGGAUCAGAUUGACCUCUGACCGGGUGGAGACGAUGAGUAUCCAGCUGAGGGAGGUUGGGAACAGGGUGAAUUUUAUAAAGCGGUCUUUGCACUCUCUGGACUCUCAGAUCGGUCACCUGCAGGACCUGUCUGCUCUGACUGUGGACACUCUGAAGGCUCUGACGGCGCAGAGAGCUUCCGAAGCCAGCAAAGUGCACAAUGAAAUCACGCGAGAGCUUAGCCUGUCUAAGAACGUGGUGCCUGGCACCGUCGACACCAUCCCACCCUCGAAAGCUUCCAUUUUGGUUCAGAGAAGCGUUUAUCCACCCCCGUCCAACAUGGCUGACUCUCUGUUUGGACGAGGAGCUUCGGAAGGUGCGCGUCUGAGAGCUGAGCUGGCAAUGACUCCAGAAAAGAGGCCGGCGUUUUCUCCGGAGGCGGGGUCCUUGGGCAUUGCCACACAUGCGCGCACACUCGCGCAUCCAGAGGGUGAUGGUGACGGCAGCGUGCCAAGUGCUCGUGGUGCCGCGGCGACCUUCUUCGUCAGCACCCCCACACAGCCACACAGCUCGCGGACGGGCCAGGCUCACUCAACUCUCGAGGCUGCUGUGGAGUUCGGGGCGUUUGUGGGUCAUAAGGACAACUCUGAAAGUCAAAGGUCAUCUCCUAAGCGGAGCUCUGUGGGCUGCAGGCAGCUCAGUCACAGCAGCAAGGGAGAGAGCAGCAUGAGGACCGUGAACUCUUACGCUGGUUUCACAGAGCAUGACAAAAAUCCAUCAUACCUGCAGCCAAGGCUGAGUAAGCGGGACAGGAGUCGAGUGUCCGCAGAAGAUGUUCAGUUCCAGGAGGACCUACGAACAGCUUCACUACUGGAAAGAGCUCAGGGAAAAUCGGUGCAGGCCAGCAGCAGUGUAAGUCCAGCAGAGGACGCUACCAGUGCCACAGUAGGCCUGUACUCGGCUUGUCACAGCCCUCUUAGUGCACGUAAGGACUCGAUUGGGUCUCCCUUUAAGCCAAUGGAAGGUUUUCAGUAUUCAGCGGUGGAGCGUAAUAACCUCAUGAGGUUGUCCCAAAGCAUCCCAUUCACCCCUGUGCCCCCUAAAGGAGAGCCAGUAACGGUGUACCGUCUGGAGGAGAGUUCUCCAACCAACAUUAACAACAGCAUGUCAUCGUGGGCGCAGCGUGGCCUGUGUGCGAAGAUAGAGUUCCUGAGUAAGGAGGAAAUGGGCGGCGGCCUGAGGCGGGCACUGAAGGUGUUGUGCACGUGGUCCGAGUACGACCUCCUCAAACCCGGACACCUGUACAUCAUCAAGUCCUUUCUCCCUGACGUGAUCAACACCUGGCAGAGCGUCUACAAAGAAGAUACGGUGCUUCACCUCUGCCUCAGGGAAAUCCAACAGCAGCGAGCAGCUCAAAAGCUCACCUUCGCCUUCAAUCAGGUCCGCCCCAAAACUAUCCCCUACUCACCCAGGUUCCUGGAGGUGUUCCUUCUGUACUGUCACUCAGCUGGACAGUGGUUUGCAAUAGAGGAGUGCAUCACGGGCGAGUUCCGCAAGUUCAACAACAACAACGGAGAAGAGAUCGUUCCCACCAACCUGCUGGAGGAGACCAUGCUGGCGUUCAGCCACUGGACCUACGAGUACACACGGGGGGAGCUGCUGGUGCUGGACCUGCAGGGAGUCGGUGAGAUUCUAACUGAUCCAUCGGUCAUUAAGAGUGGAGAGAAAGGGUCUUAUGAUAUGGUGUUUGGGCCGGCGAAUCUUGGUGAUGAUGCCAUCCGAAACUUCCGCACCAAACACCACUGUAACUCCUGCUGCCGCAAACUCAAACUGCCUGACCUGAAGCGGAACGAUUACACACCGGAGAAAGUGACGCUGCAGCAGGACGAUCAAACAGAAAGCCCGGUCACGUCUGCACAGGAAUAGGGCGGGGCUAAAGAACAGCGCCAUUCUAUGCGCUUAAUGCUGUGACAUGUACACACACACUAAAGAAGCAGAACCUGGAAACCCUCCAAAGAGAGUCUGUCUGUCUGUCUGUCUGUCUGUGCGUGUGGGGGGGUGUUAUGCCAAUGCUCCUGCGUCUCAGUUGUGAAGUGACGCCAUGUUGUAAAGAUUUUAAAGUGUGCAGAGUUUUUUAAGAGAUUAUUUUAUUCUGAUGUUUAUAUCAUCGAUAUUGAACAUUGUAUCGCGGUUCCCAUGGUUACGAACCGUGUGUUGCCUUGUAUCAAAUUUUGUCAUUAUGAACUGCAGAUCAACAUUGAGACUUAACGACAUUAUUUUUUUUAAAAUACAAUUUCAGUCUCUCACGCAUCGUGUAAACUGGGCAAAUUGCAAUGCAGUUUUUAGUUUUAAAUUUGUCUGCUGUUCAAACAUGAGUUUUUAAUGUUAGAGGUACUAUCAUUUAUUAUUAUUAUUAUGAUGCUGUACAUGGAGGAUGAUUUUAAGUAGCUGUAUAGAGCGGCUCACACCGAGUAUUUUAUUCAGGGGACUGAGGGCACAUUAUCCUGGAGGGUUUUUUUUUUUAUUUUGUACCACCUAUCAUUUGAACAAAUAAAAAUACAAAAACAAACUGUGUCCUAAAUAAAGACAGUAAAACUGAGGCA